CUGUCUGACAAAGUUCCCGGAGCCGCAUCUGCAUUUCUGCCCGUUCACCGCGCGCGGGGAGAAGACGAGGAGCAGUCGCGCGGAGGAGGAAAUCCUUUCAAAGUCGUUGUUUUUUUUUUAUUAUUAUAAUUAUUAUUUCCUCGGGUGGAUCAUAAAUCCUAAUAGAAAUCUUUCCUGGGAUUUUUUUUGGGUGAUUAAAAAAAAAAAAAAAAAAAGAAUAUUCUUGUAAUUAAUUAAAAAAAUCGCCCGUGUCGCUCGCGCUGCCGGUGGAGCCGCUGUGGUGCGUGGCUUGCGCAAUGUGGCACGACGCUCGCGCGGGGAUGGACGCCGGAACCUUUUGGAAUUUAGCUUAAAGUUUUGAUUUAUUUGUAUGAUUCCGGAUAUCGUUUGAAGGAAAAGAAAAAUAUACUAAGACUUGGAUGUGUGUGUGUUGUUUUUAAUGCGUCUUCGGAUAAAUGGCGUAUUUUUUGACAUAUUUUUUUUUUUUCUGGUGCGUUUUUUCUCUCGGAACCCUUAACGGAAACUCGGGGUAUUUGAUGUGACGUUUCCGUCGGAGCCGGUUCUACGACAUGCUGCAUGGUCACGACGGAGGAACCGACACACGCGGACACCGGGCAUCGACGACGCGCGAGCGCUGCGGCGGAGCUCUGAUUGCGUCGCGGGACCGGCGGUGGCGGCGUGUGCUGCGCGCGUCGGCUCCGAUUUGCGGGCUCGGGGAGACGCGUGCCAUGCGGAGGAAUCGGGACGCGAGACGCGCGUGAAAAAAAAAAAAACAACCCUACUGACUGUCCACACUGAUGAGCUCUGCCAUGCGACGGCGAUGGUUUGUGGUGCUGCUGGUGCAGGCAUGGCUCUCUGCAAGUUUUUCGAAUGGUGAGCGGCCGUGCCCACGGAGCUGCCGCUGCGAUGGCAAGAUUGUUUACUGCGAGUCCAGUGCAUUCCGCGACGUGCCAAAAAACCUGUCUGGUGGCUGUCAGGGUUUGUCUCUGCGCUACAACAGCUUGGCAAGCUUGCGUGCUGGCCAGUUUGUUGGCCUCAACCAGCUCAUUUGGCUCUAUCUUGACCACAACUACAUCGCGACCGUGGACGCUCGUGCUUUUCAAGGAAUACGGAGGCUCAAAGAGCUAAUCCUGAGCUCCAACAAGAUCAUGCACUUGCAUAAUACCACAUUCCACCUGGUACCAAAUCUAAGGAACCUUGACCUAUCGUACAACAAACUGCAGGCCCUGCAGCCAGGUCAGUUCCAAGGACUGCGCAAACUCAUCAGUUUGCACAUGCGCUCCAACUCUUUGAAGAACCUACCAUCUCGCCUGUUUCAGGAUUGCCGCAAUCUUGAAUUCCUCGACCUUGGAUAUAACCGGCUGCGCAGUAUCACACGUAAUGCGAUGUCUGGGCUCGUGAAGCUGACAGAACUCCAUCUGGAGCAUAAUCAGUUCUCGAAAAUCAACUUUUCCAACUUUCCCCGGCUUUAUAACCUGCGCGCUCUUUACCUGCAGUGGAAUCGCAUCCGGACCAUGAGUGAGGGACUUACAUGGACCUGGAGUUCUCUCCAGAAGUUGGACCUUUCAGGGAAUGACCUACAGGAGCUGGAGCCAGAGGUCUACAAAUGCAUGCCAAACUUACAGACACUUAAUGUGGAUUCCAACAAGCUGGUUAACAUCUCUCAGGAAGUUGUGUCAGCUUGGAUAUCCCUGAGCAUGAUCAGCCUUGCUGGCAACAUGUGGGACUGUGGACCAGCGGUCUGUCCUCUGGUAGCUUGGCUGAAAAAUUUUCAAGGGAACAAGGAGACUCCCAUGAUUUGCGCCUCGCCCAAAGAGUCUCAAGGUGAGAAAGUCUUGGAUGCUGUCGAGGCAAGUGGUGUGUGCAAGGUCACUCAUGUUACUCCCUCGUUUGCAAGUUCUACAACUACCCUUUCGGGUGCCCCCGCUCUGAACGCAGCUCUUCCCUUUGCACCCACGCUUCAUUCUGGAGGCAGCAGAAGGGGCCAGGGCACCUCCUUGCAACAUCCCACACCUUCAAGACCACCCCAAUCUGAUGUCUCUCAACCUGAUCAAGAUUUUGAGCCCGUGUCCUUCCACAAGAUAGUGGCAGGGAGCGUCGCACUCUUUUUAUCCGUCGCAAUGAUUCUCCUAGUGAUUUAUGUGUCGUGGAAGCGCUACCCGAGCAGCGUCAAGCAGCUGCAGGAAAACUCUUCAGCUGCCCGCAAACGCCGGAAAAAGUCACGGGAGACUGAACGUACGCUCAGCACCCCUUUACAGGAGUACUAUGUGGACUACAAACCUUCAGGCUCUGAGGCCACCGAUGUUCUGGUCAAUGGAACAGGGCCAUGCACAUACUCCAUAUCCGGUUCCAGAGAAUGCGAGGUUCCUCACCAGAUGAGUGCCCUGACCUUCUUUCGUUACGAACAACCCGUUCUGGAUUACUGCCAGGCCCACCAGCCCAUGCGCCUAAACGUCAACUAUGAUUGCCCGCCUCAAAGCCUCGAUGAUCUAGCGCCUCGUGACAGGGGCACCAUUCAGACCGUCGCUCUGCCAGCUGUUCCGCCCUCCAGCUCACCUCCUACCCUGAGAACCCCCAUCCAAGGCCCCGGUGUCCCUUAUCCGGGCACGGAGCGCUCCAUAAAGUACCCGUCCAUCGAGCGUCCCACUAGCACCCUCACCUUCGGACGCUAGCGCUCGACUUCGGACGCUCUAGCGAUUUCUUUCGAAUGCUAAUGACUCUUCGGAGAGUUAGCAGCCUUUCGAAGGAGUGAAAAGUUUUACUCCGGAAAAAACAAACAAAAAAAAAACAAACGGAUCUAACUUUUUACGUGGACGGAUUCUUCUUCUUCUUGUGAACAUUUUUGUUUUGUUUUGUUUUCUGGAAUAAAAAAGAGAAGGAUCUAUAAACGAGCCGAACCGACGACUCAGACGUUCGAUCCGCGCUCCAUGCCAGUCAGCUCUAUGUACAGGGAGACAGGAUUUCAUUUGUGUUUUUCUGUUGUCCUUUUUUUUCCGCGUUCUUUUUUCCGACACAAACGCUGCUCUUCGGCGUCCUGCUCAAUGGAAAAUUGAAACUCAAUACAGCAUGCGUGGCGCGUUAAAUGGCACUUUCGUCGCUGUUCUGUGUCCUUUCUCGUGCCAACACGAUGGGACGUUGCCUUUAAAAAGCUGAUAAUGGUGAUUCACUCACGCUGUGUCGAGAACGAAACAAAAAUGUGAAAUAAACAAGUUGCGUAGUGGGAGAAAAAGAAACGAGGGGUAAGGGGUUGGUGGGGGUGGGGCAGGGGUGCAGGUGCGAAGACACACUAGGGCCAAGAUGUAAGGGAAAGCAUGUUCAUGUUUAGCAGCGCUCGAACACAUCUAGCUGUUCUUUUCAGUUCCGUUUCCACCGAGUCAGCGUUUGAUCUGUGAUAAAGCUCUGGAAAUCCUGUUCAGAUUCCGACGUGAAGAUGAAGUUCUGCCGUCUCAGUUGAAACCGUUGUAAAGUUUUCCCGUGUAGAACUUCCCGAGACGUGCACCAGGUACCAAAGAUCAAGCGUUUUAUUCAGAUGUACAGUUCACACACCAUCAGUUCCUCUGGUGGUAGCAAACCCAGAGAAACCUCAAACACCAGAAAUAGAAACAAUCGUAAUAGAAUUGAUCUCAGUUGGAGAUCAGAUGGUAAUGAUGAAGUAAAAACAUUAGUGUCAAGGCUAGUCCAGAGUGCAUACAUGUGUUUCUCCAAAACAAGUUUCCAAUCUCCUUAAAUUAUUUGCUGACCUUAAACUAAAACAAAAACAAAGAAGUCAAAUAUGAUUAGGACUAUUAGCGUUUGUGAAUAUGUUUGACAAUUGACUUGCGGGAAAUUAGUUUUACUUUCAGAUGAUUCAAGGUGUAGUCAGAACUGCUUGUUGGCGGUGGCAAUUGCUGGAUGGUAAAAACUUUGGCUUAAAUAGUAGCCCAAAAGUUUACUAGUAAACGUGAGGUGACGUACUGUGACAGGAAGUGAGAUUGUCCGGUGAGGCGUGUCUAAAUGAGAAUGGAAGGAAGUGGGCGGGGCUUACAGGCAAGAUGUGUUCAUGAAACUUUUGCAAAUGUCAAUCAGCCCAGAUUUGAAUGUCGAUAGUUGUGUGUAUUAUGAAGGACAAUAGAAAACGUUUUUUGGAAUAAAUCAUUCUAUCAGGCAAGUCUACUGAAAAGUUCUAGUCUGUUUUCUAAAAAGCACGUGAGUAUGUUAGUCAGGAUCUACCGAAGAAAAAAAAAUUCGGAUUGGAACUGAAUUCCGCAGUGUGUCAGGAUCCCAUUCGGUCUGAUUUGACCAUAAGGAGGCCAAAUAGAUGGUCGCUUGCGGCGUGUUUAGCGCUUUGACCUUCUGGACAUUGGAAGAUGUUUGAAAUAGAUUUCCAUGUUCGGUAUUUCCGAGGUGUCCCAAGAGCGCCAAGACGUUGAAUGUUUCUCCACUAGAAGCCAUGCUUUCAUCUACAGGAAGUCCGUUCCUCCGUUGGCACGGUGUCGGAGCGGCGGUGAUCUGCACUCAUUUUUACUUUGUGAAUGGACUCCAGAUCUAAAGAACACUGGGAUUUGUUGCCUGUAAACAUGGAUCUUCGAUUUAUUUUUUUUUCCGUCACCCUGUGUGCCUGUGUGUUCGGACUCAACACGAUGAAUGUGGAUCUUGUACCCCACCGUUCGUGGAUUUUUUUCUGGAUUCUUUUUUUGUGUUUGUUUGUUUUUAAAUCCUUCUCUCCUGCACCACGCAUGUCGAGGUCAACACAAAAGCUGUCCGACUUUCAUUUGACCUUGACUAAUUGACAAGGCGAUGAUUCAGCCUUGCUGUGAGAGACACGGCACACACACACUCCCUCCCUCCCCCCCUGGGGCGUUUGGUGACUCUGCACAAUGUUUGCAGACGCUAAUUAAUUAACACACAGGACAUGUUUAUCUUGUACAUAGAGAGGAAAAAGUAUCACGUUGUUUGCUUCUUGAUGCACACACACACUCAUGCACUCGCACACACACUCACAAACACACACAGAUGGUGAACAGUAGGUGUUGCUCUGCCAGGACUGAUCUCAGAGCAGCCGUGAGAGAAAAUCUUCGGUAAUAUAAUCCAUGUUUUAAAGGUCGAUAUUUUUCUAUCUGCUCUCGUGACCUUUGCAUCUCAUCGUGCUCAUUAGUUUUCAUAAUCCGUCCUUUUGCUCGGCGAAGGCACACGGCGGAGCGUGACAGUGUAAAGAUUUUACGGGAAAAAAAUAAGGUCUUGUCAUUUGAACAACGUUCCACAUGGUGUCCGUGCGCCCCGGUUUCAUUCUGCCGUGGUAUUUUUCCCUCUCUCUAUAUACUGUAUACGUCGGUUCAAUCUCCUCUGCUGUGUUUUGCAAUUUUUGAAAAGUCCGGGCAAUACCCACCUACACACAACCACACACAUGCAUACACACAAAAAGUGAUUCAAAAAUAAGCAAAAAGAAAAAAAAAUAUAUCUACAUGUACAAUAAGAGUAGCUUGUGUUGUGUUCCAAAGCUUCAUGUAUGAAUAAUGAGCUGUUGAAUUGAUAUUCUUGUUAAUGCCAUGGAAGUUUUACCCACAAUGCUCCAGCGUCGCCCACAAGAAAGAAGAAAAGAAAUAAAGGGUGUAAAAAAAAUAUCAGAAGUGCCCUAAACCCUCUGCCCUGAGAAAAUUUGCGAGACAUCUCAGCAGUUAUACUCUGUUAGAUGUAUGCGCCGGUCCAAAAGUUGGUCCAUGGCAUCGCCCAAUUAGUCCUGUUUGCUUGGAUGUGCCUUGAUGGAAAUGCAAAAGAAAAAAAAAGAGAUAAAAAGAGAAAAAAAGGAAGCUGUGUGACUGUGCUCCAAAACUGCUUAUUGGUUUGACAAGUGCUGGUCAAUAGAUGCUUCUCGAAUGGUAUGUGUUGUAGGAGUUCACACAGGGAAACAACAACACAGAGAUGAGCAAAGAAAUGGCAUCAAUGAUUCUGUGCUCUGAAAUAGGAAAAGACGGAGCUACGAUACCAGAACUCAAUGCAUUAACACUUUUCAAGAGCCACUUAUUAUUAUUUCAUUCAUACAUCCAUUAUAACCUUCACCCUUCUGGGAAGAUGUUCCACUGGAUUUUUUUGAGAUUUGUAGAGGUACAGGUACUGAUGUAGGUGAAGAAGCCUAGGAUGCAGUCACCCUGGGAUUGAGAUCAGAGCUCUAUGGGUGGCCAUUUAAGAUCUUCCACUCCAACCCAUGUAAAGCAGAUCUUCAUGGAGCUGGCUUCAUGCACUGGGGCACGUAUUAUCCUAAAACAGUUUUGGGUCUCCUAGAUUAAGUGAAACGAAAAUUUUAUCCAAGCAUCCAAAGACGUUCUAAACAAUUGUGUGUCUCUAAAUGUAAAGUCCAGAGUCCCAAUAGAUCUGUGCAAUACACUGUAUAUACAAAACAUUUUCUUAACCAUUUACAUACAGUAAUGUGAUUGGCUGCAACAGAAUCUGCCACAGAAGCCUAUAGGAAAGUGUUUGAGGCAUUGGGUUCCUGAUUGGUCAGGUCAGUGGUUCAAUCUGCUACUGUUGGGCCCUUGAAAAAGGCCCCUUAAUGAUCCAGGUUAUCAUGGCUGACCCUGCACUCUAAAGACUUCCUUAUCUAUCUAUCUAUCUAUCUAUCUAUCUAUCUAUCUAUCUAUCUAUCUAUCUAUCUAUCUGUCUGUCUGUCUGUCUGUCUGUCUGUCUGUCUGUCUGUCUGUCUGUCUGCAGGGUUGGUUGGUUGGUUGGGUGGUUGUUUUCUGUCAUGUUGCUUCUGUUAAAUCCAUUACAUUCGACAAUAAGAAUUGAUGCUGUACAUAAUAGCAUUCAGUCCAACGUAUACCAUUUGAGACGCUGUUAAUCCUCGAGGGACUCCGAGAUCCUCAUGAACAAUUUGUUACAUUCUUAUUACAUUUUGUGCCUCAGCAUACUGACAUAACGAGGACAGGACGAUACAAAGUCUGCACGGGUUACGCAAAGCCCAAACCACCUAUUUGCAUCUUCAUAUUGUCAGUGGAGGCCAGCGGAGCUCCAAAUCCUCGUGAUAUAUGCUGAGGUGUUUUGUCCUUAUUAUCUUUUGUCACUUCGUGUUAGCUUGUUUUCUGAAAUAAGGCUCAUCUGGAGACAUUAUAUGGAGACAUUUCCCUGCCGCUUCAGAGGUCCAAUCAAGCAUGAAGAGUGUGACGGGCUACAUCACAUUAGCUGUGUGUGUGUGUGUGUGUGUGUGUGUGUGUGUGUGUGUGUGUGUGUGUGCAAGAUUUGUUCUGCACCAGGGAAUAGACGCUUUUCAACCCAUUUGUCCUUUGAUCAACUCAUUAGUGAACCACCGAUUGCACCUUCAAGCUGAUAGAACGUAUCAUGAUGGUAUUGUUUAUCAAUCGAGGACAAAGUGGAUAUGUACGAUCGCUUCUUGGUUAAGUACAUGACAUGUCUAUUUAACCUGGAAUACACAAAUUGGACAGGGACAACCCUUGUACUUCUGUAGUCAAUCUAUUCAGGCAUUCACUAUGAGGUUCAAGUGAAUACAAGUUAUUGAAUUUUUAACCUAUAUACACUAUAUGGACAAAAGUGUGCUUUUUGAGCAUCUCAUUCCACAUAUAAUCCCUUAAUUUAAUCCCACAUUAAUCCCACAUUUUGCUCUUAUAAUAAUUUCCACUCCUCUGGGAAGAUGUUCUACUAGAUUUUGUGGAGAUUCAUUCAGCCACAUGGGUGUUAUAAAAGUCAGGCAGUGCUGGAGGUGAAGCGAGGAGAUCUAACUGUUUGGAGAAGAAACACACAUGGCUGGAAGUCAUGUGUCCCAAUAGUUUGUCCAUAUAAUGUAUAUAAUAAAGAUGACUAUAUGUAUAAAACUAUUAUUAUAGUUAAUAGAAAUUUUAUUACACUCGUGUGUGUGUUCAUUCUACCACAUUCUAAGGUGUCCUAUACAAUUGUGGUAAAAGUUUGAGAAAGAAUCACAUACUGUAUGGCUGAAAAUUCAGGUGUAUUUUAAAUUAGGAAUUCAAUUAUGAAUAGCUUUGAAACUGCAGUAGAAAUUCAAGCGUUAAUCAAUUUUCAACUUAGAUACUAUUAUUAAUAUUGUUUUAUUUCACACGUGAUUGUACAUUUGUCUAUUUUUACAUUAUUGCAUUGCAAAAUGUUUUGUCUGGAAUAUUUUCUUACAUCUAAAAUAAAACUGCAUGUAAAACUUUAAAGCACUCGCACUACUAAAGACGUAACCACUCCAACAAUGGUAGAUUCUUCUGCUUUCAGCUUUCCCCUGUCCUCUACAUCUGCCUCUUUCAAACCAACUACCUGCAUGUCUUCCCUCACCACAUCCAUAAACCUCCUCCUUGGUCUUCCUUUUUUCCUCCUUCCUGGUGGCUCCA